CCGCGCUUUCUCCUCCAGGCCCUGCAGUCCUCAGGCUUCCGGGUCACUUUUGAAGACGUCCCAGACACGGAUCACUUCAGCAUCAUCGAGAGGCUGGUCGAACCAGACUACCGUCUCACGCAACUCUUGCUAAAGAUGAUGAACAGAACUUAAGCCCACAGACUAGAGGCCUGCCCAGAUUCUGCAGGACACUGCCACCUACAGACAGCUCGCUUUGCCUUUCUUUUCAUUUUUUUUUGCCAAGGAAGCCCUGGUCCUCCUACCAGGUCACCCAGGGCUCAAUAUCUCCUCACCAGACGUUAUGUUCUUUCCGCUUGUAAAUGCAGAAUACAGAAUACAAGCUUUUCACAGUGUGUAGCUUCUACAAAUAUCUUUGCCGUACAGGCUUUUCCACAGAACUGAAUUUCCUGGAUUAUGUAUUUGCCAAGUAUUUGCUAAAUAAAUUACAGAAUGUUAAGAUUUUAAAAAGGUGUUACUUGAUUUGAAACCGAUUGUACGGAAUGUUUGAAAUGGUGCGUACAGAAUAACAAGGAUUUACAAUAUGGUCUCCUGUUUGCGUAAGAAAUUUGUAUACAUUAAUUUAAUAAAGAUAUGUAAUUAGCAUUUACUUUACGUCCAACUCUUUGUUCGGAUAUUAGUGGCUGAAGAGUGAUCUUUUUGAGCCCCGUUUGUGCCGGGCGUAAUAUAACGCCUUGUAUAAGCUACUAAAUGCGAUCCUAACAUCAAUGGAAACAGUGUUUUGGCGGAUCACAAAGGGGUCCUUAUUCGGCGUCUGUGGGGGUUUGCGGUGUCGCCCUCGCCGUAACAUCGCAGGUCUGCAGCGCAGUGCAGACACACCUCAGCUUCGUAGUCUUCCCUUUUGCAUGACACGCAGCCCUCCCCGUCACAUAUCUCAGGGCUUGGAUGCGAGGUUCAGGCGUAGCCCAAUUAAGACACACGGCGAUUCCCCAGGGUCCCGCUGCUUUCCAGGGAAGGUGAGGCUCCGGUUGCUGCCCCGGGGGACGCAGCACGGACCGCGCAGCAUGCAGUCGGUGGGCGGCUUCGCAGUCGCCGCGCUGUCACCGCCGAUUUCGCUGCUGGAUCGGGACCGGAGGACGGCGUGCUGGCUGCAUCAACGGUGUGCAAGCGAUGGAUCGGAGGCUCCUCUCCGGCUUCCUCGCAGAUGGACCCAGAAUUCACCCAGCUAGAGCAGAACGGCUUCAUGAACUCUCUUCCCAUCCCUGUCCGAGGCCUCCCCGUGCUGUCCUCUUUGGACGCCCGCUUACGGCCACGGUGGCGGACCAUCACGGCGGUCGGUCUGUUCGUGCUGGCGGUCCUGCUGUACUCACACAGGACAGCAGAGGGCAGUGGCGACACUGGUGACCGCUUUCCCCAGCACGUCCCGGGUGGCCUCCGCCCACGUUCCGGAUGGUAUGGUGUGGUAGCAGCAGAACUAUUCUCCGGACGGUAUAACGACACGUACCCGCUGAGCCCACCAGAACACACAGCACGCGGCACCCGCUACCGCAUCGCCGUCAUCGCCGACCUGGACACAGCCUCUCGCAGCACCAAGGAGCUCACCUGGUUCAGUUACCUACGCCGGGGCCACCUGCUGGUGUCGGAUGGUAGGGACCAAGUGACCGUGGAGUGGGACCCCGACCGGGUUGUGCUUGAGAGUCACCUGGCGGAAAAGGGGCGGGGCAUGGAGCUCUCCGACCUGGUGGCCUUUAAUGGGAAGCUGUACAGCGUGGAUGACCGCACGGGUGUGGUCUACCACAUUGAGGGCAACCGGGCCGUACCCUGGGUCAUCCUGGCCGACGGAGACGGCUCAGUCGCCAAAGGAUUCAAGGCAGAGUGGCUGGCUGUGAAGGACGAGCGUCUGUACGUGGGCGGUCUGGGGAAGGAGUGGACCACAACCACGGGGGAGGUAGUCAACGACCACCCAGAGUGGGUCAAAGUGGUGGGUUUCCGUGGCGACGUGGAGCACCAGAACUGGGUGCCACGGUACAGUACCAUGCGGAAUGCCGCUGGCAUUAGACCCCCAGGUUACCUCAUCCACGAAUCGGCAGCAUGGAGCGACCUGCUCCAGCGCUGGUUCUUCCUGCCGCGCCGGGCCAGCGCCAAGCUGUACAACGAGGCAGCGGACGAGCGCCGCGGGACCAACUUGGUGCUGAGCUGCUCGCCGGACUUCCGGGACGUCUCUGCGGACCGCGUGGGCCCGCUGCUGCCCACACAUGGCUUCUCCUCGUUCAAGUUCGUGCCUGGAACCAACGACCAGCUUGUGCUGGCGCUGAAGUCCGAGGAGGACGCCGGCAAGGUCGGCACCUACAUCACAGCCUUCACUCUGGACGGCCGCAUCCUGCUACCAGAGACCAAGAUCGGAAACGUCAAAUAUGAGGGACUAGAGUUCAUCUAGUGAGGAGUCAACCAAUGAUGCACCACCAGACCAUGAAUAUUAGGCCUUUUCCAGUGACCCCACAACAAGCACCAAAAAAAUAAAACUAAUGGAGGGCGUGGUGUACGUGGUGUAGGUGUGGCCUAUCUGAGUCAUGUGACUGCUCAGGCUUUCAUAUAAUGUUGAGUUUUUAACCCAACUAUGCACCAAUUGUUCACCUUCUCAGCUGAUUAAAUACCUUGAUGUUAAAACAGCCUGGUGACAAAUGCACAAUGUAUACAAACCAGGCUACUUGGUGCCUGUGUUAGAAAAAGGAUCAAGGCUGUAUGUGUGUAUCUAAGCCACUUGUAGCCUAUCAGGGCCAACCAGACACAUAUUCUUUGUACUGUUUCUGCACCGUAUUUAUAACAUUUCUGUGCUCUUUAGUGUUUAUUUUUUUUAUCUCCUAUUAAUUGACUGUAAUUUUAAUUUUUUAAAAGCCUUAAUAUUUUGCUUGAUUUUCUUAUAGUAAAUUUUUA